CAGCCCGUCCUACCGUUUCCCCGAAAGCUGAAAAGAACAGGAAGCCAUGUAGACGGAGGGACCCUGGACACAGAUUUCAGAGUAAAGGGCAAGGUCGUUUUUCCGGGGAAUUCUAGAGAGACCGUAGGGGACGAAAAUAACCCACUAACCAGCAAAACGGGCGGAGCGAGCGGCGUGAUUAUAUAAGUAGAAAGAAGUGUGAAGAAUUCAAAGUUGAAGAACGAGAAUGGACUUGGUCCCGAGAGCGAAAUACAGCCCUAUCCGCAGUGAAUCCGUCAGCUCGACCGAUGAUGCCGUUUCCGACUCCUCUCCGCCUCCCUCUGCUCCCGUCACCCCCGCCACUCCUCCAAAUGUACCCUCCUCUCUCUCCUCCACCUCCCUCACCCCAAUCCUGCCCCCCUCACCCCCCCCCCGGUCCCUGGCGAACAGCCCCACCACGCUCUGCUCCUUCUUCCCCCAGAUGGACGCGCUGCGCCUGGGCAUCGCCGCCACUCUGCUCCCCGGUCUGAAGGCGGGAAGCAGGCCGCGGCCGCCUCCUGCCGCCGAAGAGCCCCCCAGGGAGAGCGCGCCCCCACUAACCGCCCCCUCUCCCCCUCCCCACCCCCCGCAGGACAUGAACCGGCUCGGGGGGGCCUCCCGGAGGGCCCGGGUGGAGGGGGGGCAGCUCGGAGGGGACGAGUGGACACGCCACGGCUCCUUCGUCAACAAGCCCACCCGGGGCUGGCUCCACUCGGACAGCGUGGUCAGCGCCGCCGGGGUCUCCUACACCGUCCGGUAUAUGGGGUGUGUGGAGGUGCUGCAGUCCAUGAGAGCUCUGGACUUUAACACAAGAACUCAGGUCACAAGGGAGGCAAUCUCUGUGGUGUGUGAGGCUGUACCUGGUGCCAAAGGGGCUCAGCGCAGGAGAAAGCCCUCCUCUCGCUGCGUGUCCUCCAUCUUGGGAAAGAGUAACCUCCAGUUCGCCGGAAUGAUGAUCAGCCUCACCGUGUCCACCAGCAGCCUCAACCUGCUGGCGCCCGACUGCAAGCAGAUUAUCGCCAAUCAUCACAUGCAGUCCAUCUCUUUCGCCUCCGGAGGAGACCCUGACACGGCAGAGUAUGUAGCCUAUGUCGCCAAAGACCCGGUGAACCAGAGAGCCUGUCACAUCCUGGAGUGCUCUGAGGGUCUGGCGCAGGAGGUCAUCAGCACCAUCGGCCAGGCUUUCGAGCUGCGCUUCAAACAGUACCUGAAGAACCCCCCCAAACUGGUCACCCCCCAUGACAGGAUGGCUCCCUUCGACGGCUCGGCGUGGGAGGAGGAGGAGGACGAAGGGGCCCCUGCCCCGGAGGUGCCGUACUAUAACAACUUCCCCGGGAAGCAGCCGCCUCCCGGCGGGCUGGUGGACAUGCGGGGCCGCCAGGGCCACAGCACAGGGGCCACACUGCCAUACGGACAGAAUGAUGUACACAAGCAGCCCCUGCCACCAUUGCCAGUCGGGGCGAAGGAAGGUGGCCGUGAACUGUUCGACGACCCUUCUUAUGUCAACGUGGAUAAACCCCGCCCUCCCGCCGCUGCAGCCAAUGGCAACGCUCACAGAGAUGCAUUCGACAUGAAGCCCUUUGACGACGCGCUGUCGGGCGCGGCAGCGCCCCCUCUGGCCGAGCAGCUGCAGAGCGAGCCCUGGUUUCACGGCAGCCUGAGCCGGCGGCAGGCAGAGAGGCUGCUCAGCCGGGACGGGGACUUCCUGGUGCGCGAGUCGGGCACCACCCCGGGGCAGUACGUCCUCACGGGGCAGCAGGGCAGCCAGCCCAAACACCUGCUGCUGGUGGACCCCGAGGGCGUGGUCCGCACCAAGGACCACCGCUUCGAGAGCGUGAGUCACCUGAUCAGCUAUCACAUGGACAACCGGCUGCCCAUCGUGUCCGCGGGGAGCGAGGUGUGCCUGCAGCAGCCGGUGGAGCGUCGGGCCUGAGGGGCGCGUCACGGCGGACCAGCGCUCCAAACGCGUCCCUCGUGUCACAUCCAACGCCGUCACCUUCACUUAGCUCUGAAACCGCGUCUCGGAUUCACAGGAACUUAAGUGACAGAUUUCAUCCCGUCAUCCCAUGCCAUCAUCACGAUGCCCUUUUUUUUUUCUUUUUUCUUUUUUCUUUUUUACUUUUUUUUUUUUUUUGGGGGGGUAAGUGAACAUAUCUGACGUCAGUAGAGAGAUGAAAUCUUUACUUGAAGCGAAGCCAGAGAGUUCUAUCGGACCGUAUCAUUGGAAGCGAGAAGAUGCUCACAAAGCGUUUGCGCCCUCUGAACUGUGUAAAAUCGUAAUGAAAUCUUGUCUUUUCGGAUUUGUCAAACAUGGCUGGAGAAGGGCAUUGUCUCCGCAGGAGGUGGCCUGCAACGCGCUGGUAUCUGGGGCACAUGGAGGGAGCUGAGAGCCCCUGUGAUGAAGUCAAGAUCAAGGCUGUGUCACUGUCCGUAACUGCAAUCCAUUCCAAAGAACAUACUAAACGCCACGGGCGAAUGUGUGAAGCCAGCAACCUUUCUGCGUUUUCUCUUCCCCCCCCCGCACCGAACCGAAGUCGAGGUGGAAUCAUCGGAAAUGUGCGUCGUGACCAUGAAACGUGAUCUCCAUGACAACCGAAGUUCGGUGCAACAUGCCACCAAAAAAGAAAAAAGAGAUUUCGAAGGGGCGGAGUCACUGCACGUAUGCAUUGACAAGAAUUUGGGCCUUAUGGUCCUGUGGUUAAAUGACCCCAUUCUGGAAAAUAGAUAAUAUAAUUCGUUAAUGAAGCCCAUCGGAAUAUAGUGUCAUUUUGACUCAGAACCCCCUGCUACUUCUAAUCUAGCACUGUGAAGACCUUCACAGUGUGAUCAGAAUAAGCUGCAACCUGUGUCCGGCUGCCAGUGCCCACCGCCCCCCAACUGCGUAACGGAAAACUGAACUCAAUGGGGGGGGGAAUUAAAAGGGGACCUCAGCCACCAGUGCUCUCUCUAUGGGACUUAUUGACUGUUAGACACCCACAAAUAAGAUUAUGAUGUUUGUUUGCCUCUUAAUCGUGACAUUGUGGUGAGUUGACUCUUUAUGUUUUGAAGAAAAAGGAACACUACUGUCAAUGGAAGGUGACCUGAAAGCGGGCUCCGGGUUGAUGAAUUAAGAGGCUGGAUUGGCGGCCCUAGCUGUGUGUGGAAGCUGAGGCUGCGGUUAAGCAGGAGGGUCAGUGGAGAGAUGAUCCGGCCGCCCCUUCUCCCUGCUCCAGCGAGCUCUCCGCAGCCCUCAACUAAGCCAAAGAAGACGAUUCGCGUCUCACAGUUGCAGAUGUGAGAGUUGUAUAGAGGGUAAAAGCAUAAAGGGAGAUGGCUGUCAUUUGUUUGCUGUGAUUGGGGGGGUGAAGAAGGCCGGGGCAGACAGAGCAGGUGGUGCGCUCACUGACGCCGUUGGCUUUUGAAGACCCAAAUCCGUGUGGUGAGCCUUGUGCAUUACCGCUACAUAUCCCACACGUACAGUACCUCCACUGUCGCACAGUGACUCUGCCUCACAGCUAACAGCUGAACCAAAUCUCAACCAGUUUCCUGAGGGUGACCAACUUUUUUUUUUUACUUUUUUUAAAACUUUUUAUUUUUUAUUUUGUCAAACUAUGUCUGUAUACAGGCUGCCGCCUCUCUGGUAUACCAAUCCUGUAUGGCCACAGAACCUGUUGUUGGGUAUACAGUACCCUUCCUGGUGUUUGUGGGGAAUUUAGGUUCCCACUGAAACUCAGUUGCACGACAUUUGACUUUUCGGUGAAAGUUGUUUCCUAGAAAUCUCCUACUCACUUCCUCAUGUGCCAUAACAACAUCCAUACAUAUCAGCAUCCUGUCAAUGUGUCCACUCAGACUUAUCCUAUUUUUAUUUUAUUACUUUUGGAUGUACAAUGUGCAUUGACAAUCUACCAUUGUGUGCAUGUGUGUGUUUUGUAUGACCCCUUCUGGGGUUCUUUACUGGAGUUCCCAGAGAGGACAGAGGAGAUGGACUGUUAUGUGCAGGGUGCACAGGUAAAAUGUGAUGUCUGUACAGCCAUGGUAUUUUAGUGCUCCUCGUGUAGGCCCUCAGUCUGCUUACCUAACAGUGUGGCUGGUUAAAGACGCAUAUAAAACCCACACCUACAGUCAUAACAGCAUUGACAACAUUUUUUUAUUCCUUUAGUGCAGCGUUAAUUAUUCAUGAUCUGAGCCCAUGAGUCUUCUGUACUCCAUCAGGGGACUCCACCCGAAGUGGAUGCUUUGAAAUGAAACCGUUCAGAGAAUGGAGGUGAUCGCAGACUAAUGGUUGCCAAAUCGGUAAAUCGCGACAGUUUAACAAACAUUUUUCCAAGUGUGCGUUUUAUAACCUAAAAAAGAAAUCUAAAUCCAUCCACAAGGUGACACACCGGGGUUCCUUGUUCAUUGAGUUGUUUUAAUAAACAAAAUGGCUGCAAGGGAGGAUGAAGGAAUGGAUUUUCAGAAACUGGUGCGGUAGUUGGUUAACACCAGCAGAGCACUACGGCUGCCUGCGAGCAUUUAGCGCUCUCAGCUAAAUUAAAAGUGUCAGCACAGUUGGCCUACCGUGUGGAAUUGGUCACCUUUUCCAGUUGGCUAGCCGAUCCCUUCCCCAAAGGGGAAUGUUUGGUCAGGGUACAUCACACUGAUGUACGGCAACAUGUGAGACUGGUUGUGCCACUAGUCAUUUUCAGGAAUUGGGUUUUUAGGGGGAUAGUGUGGGGUACAGUGAGCUUGCACUGGUUAACAUUCAGAGGAGAGACUGUCUGGGUCUAUAUGCUCAAAUACAGUAAAUGUUACCUCUUAGCUAAAAGUGCUAUUAUUGUAUUAUUUUAGUAGCCUGUUGUAAUACGGCCCAGGCGGACGUUGUCUAAAUAUGAAGAGGGAAAUGAAACCUUUCUGAGAGAUGUGGCCUCUCUCAGUUCAUUUUUUUAUUUCCUGUCUGGUGAGCCUGCAAUGUUUUAGUGUUGUGAUUUUGGAAAAAUAAAAUAAUUAAAAAAAGAUAUUGCUAUUUUUAAAAAGGCAAGAUGGUGUGAAUUGUGAGUUGUGUUUCGCUGUUGUGAACUCUGCUUUCAUUGUUAAAGAUUAACUGCAUAGUCUUUGUUUGACAUGGGUUCACCAAAAUAUGUCUGAAAUAAUGAUUUUAAUGUCUAGUUUUGAUACUGGAAUGGACCUGCGGUUUGUGUGGAAGGAGAGAGGGUAGGUGUGGGUUCCCCCCCCUCCAUUCUUUUCCCUUCAGAAUGUGCCUUGAGCAGCCAGUAUAGCCACAUUGGUGGAAUGCAGUCAGUUUAUGCACUUACAGUAGCUUAGUGUGUGUUCUGUUAGCAUAGCGUGUCCACUGUUAACCAAAACUCUCACACAAAAAAAACUUUGCAGUAACAAAUGGCACUCGUCACAUUUAUAAGUCUUUCUGGAUUUUGUUGAUGUUCUUAAACCAAUCCCAGCCUUUUGUCUGAAACAUUGUUGAGAAUGAUUCCAAGUUAGAUAAUUGACCGUGUCAAUCUAUGCGUGCUUAGGAGUGAGCGUAAGAGAAUUACAAAUGAAUCAGGAUGAUUUUUUUUUCGGAUGAUUUUCACAAUGAUGUCAAGUAGUUUUGAAUUUGAAGUUUUCUUUCAUUUUCUUUUCUUUUAAUUUUAGUCAUGUUGUGGAACCAGAGCAGAUCUGAAAGUGAGGUCAUGUGCAUUAUGUACACCUACACACACCUGGUAUUUUGCAUCAGAGUUGGACAACUUCCUCUAGUGUAAUUUCCACUGGUGUAAAUGCAGAUAUUCAUGAACAUGCAAGUGGUUUAAUUAUUCCGAAGCCUAUUGACAAUUCAUUGAAACCAAGAAGUUUAAAAACCCUUAGUCUUUAAAACCCGUUGUGGUUUUUUUUUUUUUUUCCAGCGGUUGGUUUCUUUGCCGACACGACUUCCAGAAUUGGUGUAUAUUUCUAUAGCAGUGAAUUGCCAUGGCUUUCAGGAUGUUAUUUGUACUGAUUUCAUGUGCCUGUUUGUACAGUAUAUCACCCUUAUUUUGAUAGGAUAUUUGACUGCUCUGGACACACAUGCAUGCUUAUUGCACAGGGAGGGUUUUUUAUGUUUUUACUAUGUCAGGCACUGAGUUCACAAUACUUGGGUCCAGCUGGCAUUGUGCUGAACAACCCUAUGGCAGAGCCAAUAGAAAAACAAAGUGUUUUGUUUUUUUUGUUUUUUUACAAAGGCUCAUUUUCAGCAGUGCUUUGUCUAGGGCUGAUUGCUUGUAUAUGUGUGUGUUUUUGUGUGUAAAAAAACAAAAGCUAGAAAGAAAAGGACCUAUGUUCCCUCCAGAUUAACCAUGACAUUUUUGUUUUUCUUCACAGCUGCCUUUAUUGCAUGUAAAUCUUUAUGAAAUUUUAUAAUGUUAUUGUUGUUUUUGUAUUUUUUGCCAACCAAAGUUAGUUUUAUUUAGCCUGCACACAUUAAUUUUGAUUAUUUUAUUUUUUAAACUUGUUUUGGUGUUUACUACUCUUAUGUUAUUUGGGGGAAAUGUAUGUUUACACUUGUAUCUGAAAAUAUAAAUUGCAUAUAUGCGUAUGUCAUUAAUCUUUCUUGUGAAGUUCGUCUUUAAAUAUAGUUUCUUUUAUUCUACACAACA